AUGGUAAAAUUGAAGCUUCAGAUACUUUUGAUUCCAGCGGAAUGUGCAUCCUUACCAACAGCAAAGAUUGAGUCGCUUAUAGCCAAGAAAUUUCUUCACUUGAUUGAUCCUGUGAAACAAAUUGGUGAAUUACUUGAUGCUGUUGUAGCACAAUUUCAGAGACUUUACCCUGAGGAACCUGCUAUUAAUGUCGUCAAGUGUCAAGACAAAAAUCAAUGUGAUUUGGAUAAAGACUACCAAGUGGAGGAUGUAUUUGAGCUGAAUGAUGAAGUUAGAGUCAUUGUUGAUAAUUUGUACUUCAAUGAAAAUUUGGGAUUAGAAGGACCUCCAGCCAUAUACAAACGAUCACGAGAAGAAAUGGAAGGUCUUAUAACUGCAGAGAACUCAACAACACCAACUAGAAACUAUUUACAACCAGUAUCUUCACCUGUGUCUUUAGCUCCACCACAAACUUCAUCACUGACAAAGAUUCCCAAGAAAAAAAUGAAUGAGAGUCCUGGAGCUAAAGCAAGCCAAAGAAUUACCUCAGGCAUGUUGAUGAAACCUCCCACUGCCUCUCCCAGUGCACUGGCUAACAAUUCAGACGAUGAUAAUAUUUCACUCCUUGAUGUCAAAGACAUGGGGAAAUCAUUUUCUGAAGACGACGUGCCAAUCAUCAAGAAGUCCACCCCGCGAAUAAGGAAGUCCGAUUUGAUGAAUAUAAUGAAGAAGCAAUCUAGAAGUGUGAAGAAGUCAGUACCUAAAAUUGACUCAAUCACAAAGUCGUUGCAAAUCGACACAAAUGAAGGACACCCGUAUCUUCUGGCUAGUGGUGCUGAAUCAGAAUCAUUAGCUCAUCUAACAUCGACCAAGAACAGAGAUGCAACAAACACAAUUUCAGUGACAUCGACACCAUCAGCACACAGACAAACUCCACAAUCAAAAGUGCCACAGGAACAGCCGAGUUCAUACCCCGCUGGAGCUAACGUCACCCUCUCCUAUAAAGAGAAGAGCGACUCAGCUCCUGCCACUGGAAUUGAAACUCCGAGGAAAACAAGGGGCAGACCGCUUAGGAUCACGAGGAUGUCGGCGCAAAAACUUAACGCCACACAAGACACAACACAGACUACGAGAGCACUGCAAGCUGGCACUACAACCAAUAAAAGUAAAGAAAAAGCUUCCGCAAAGAAAAUUCCGUAUAGUAUUUCAGCUUCUCUGGGCCCAAUUGAGAGAAUUUAUGAUGAUACAAGAAAGAUGAAUGUUCUAGACAGUAUAGAUUUCAAUUUGAAUCAUUUGAGCGACCAGGUGUUCAAGUACAAAACCGAUGGAGUAUUUAAAAAGGUCCCCAAACAUUUCGCUGUUAGUGCUUAUUCUUGUGAAUCAGUAUACACCGACCCAGUAGUUGAUUUUAGAUUUGAUCUUUCUGGCGAACUGAAUUAUGGAGGACCGCUUCCCUAUAGUGUCAAAAGUAAAACUGAGUUUGAAAAGGAAAAUAACUCAAAGAAUACGAUAUUGGGGAAGAAGAACUCAAUUGGUGGUAAUGAAUUUGAUGAUGAAGAGUACGAAGUGACUGAAGUAGUUGAAAAUUCCAGUGGUCCAGACUAUGAUGAUGACAAUGAAGAUGACGAGGAUAUGCAUGAGCCAGAGGAAGAAGAGGAAAUUGGAACACCAAAGCGCAAGUUUCCAACAAAGUCAAACGUAACCUCUUCGGUUGCGUCACUGAUUAGACCAAGCACACGCGGACCUUUAUCAAAAUCGCCACGUGCAAUGGGUCACAAUGGUAGUGCUAUUCUGGAUGGGCAUGUAAUUAAUGAUCCAAACAGAUAUUCCAAGUCUAAGAGUAAGAACUCGAAGGAAUCUGAUGCUAGAUCGAAAGAUGGAGGCGUCAAACCAAAUGAAGGAGGUGCCAACUCAAAAACUCCAGUAUCACCAAAGAUGACACCGAAAAAGGCAACAUCGAGGAUCAGGAAGAAGAAACAACAAGAGCCUGUAAAAAAGAAUUCUGAUGAUGAUUCGUAUGAUGAAGUCGGAGCAAGGCCAUUGAGCCCGAAAUCUAAGUUUGAAGCUUUGAAUAAUUGGUUUCCCAAAGAGAAAAUGGAGAUUCCUAACCAAGCCGAAAUUGAGAAUGGAAAUCCACUUGAGAAUAAUCUAGGGGGUCUAAAGUCGAGGCACAAUCCUACACAGGGUCAAGAAAAUGAAGAUCUGGACUUUGAUCGCGAACGUCAACAACAAUCGUCAUCUUGCUUCAGUUCAUUAUAUACUAACCUGAAACGAAUUACUGAGGACGCUUUGAAUAGUUUGUUUUAUGGUGAGCGCAAACCAGAGGUUGAAAACCAGCCAAGUCCGGAUAUACAAAUGCAUUUACAAUCAGGCUCGGCCGACCCAUCGGUUUUGAAAAGAGCUGAUAAAUCGACUUUUGGAGCUGGUGAUGCAUUUAUUAAAGACGCCAAUAACCAACAACAAGAGCAACUGCAACUUCAAGAUGGUACAACUACCCCCAAGGGUACAGGAAUUGGAGCCAUUACUUCUGCAGCACGAGUGACUAAUGGGAUAGUGACGACGUCGCCCAAGUUCCCCUUGCGUGAUAUUCCUGCUUCGUUGGCUAGUUCUCAUCAUGAAACUGGUUCUCCAAGUCUUCAAUUGUAUGGUCAGCAAGUGGAAGAGCAAAACUCGUCAUCUUCAGGAUCAAGUGAUGUUGAAUCGAUUGUUGGUGAGGUGGAAGAGGAAAAAAUUGAGGAAAGCAAUGUGCCAAAGAGAUUAGUUGCAUCGGAGCCUGUGAAGAGAAGUGUUUCACCAAAUGUUGAUCAUCAAAACAGUACCAACAAGAAUGGAUUGGGAUUGCUUCUGACAUUACGUUUAUUGACAUCUACUGGUGUGCAGAAAGAUUCCAGUAACCGUUCGAAUGGAGAUGCUGAACAUAUUGAUAGCAAAAGCGAUGCCAAAUUUGGAGGAGAAGAGCCGACUCAAGUAGAUUAUCCGAAUGGUGAAACAGAUCUAAAGAAGGGUAUCCAUAUGCACGAAUCUGGUAAUGUUAGCGAGAAGAAUGCUUCUUCAAUGGGUAAUUCUGCUACUGGGCUACCACCAGCAAGUUCAAGUGGAUCUUUACCUUCAGGUAUUGCACUUGCCACUUCAGCGAGAAAACCAGUAUUGCCCACAUUGACCGAAUUGAGGAGUCGUGGUGUGCCUGAAGUCAAGGAAAUUGAUGAAUUGAGGUUAUACAAAGGAGAUAAAAAGGAUGCUAAUGAUGGAAAUAUUAGUUCCGAUUCCAAUUUCGAUGAAGAGGAAUCAGUCGUUGGUGGUGAUGACGAUGAUGAUGACGAUGAUGACGAUGAUGACGAUGACUCUCUGUCUUCCUCUAGUGAUGAAAAUGAAAACGGAACUGGAAGUCAAUUGUUUUUGUCUAGCUCAACCCUUGAUGAUAAAAAGUAUAAAAAGAGUGUUAGAGCAAAGAAAAAUUUAUUUUCAAGGUGA